CGGUUGUGUGUGAGGAGUGUGCGUAAUGUUUCACGUAGUGCAUCAGGGUCGGAAAUACGUCCCCACGCGCUCGGCGGUCACGGAUGACUCCACAUUAUCCGUGCAGGCUGUUCAUAUCAUCAAGUCUCCCGGUUCACUGAGGGAGGCACCGGAGGCUACUUGGCCACCACCGGGCGCUAAGAUGCGGAUCUCCAAAGCCAACAAAGGCGGUGUGGUGGUGAGAGCUGUCCGGCGGCAUCCGUCUCCUCAGCCGGCCAGUCUGGAGAGCCUGGAGGCGGCGUGGAGUGAGAGAGAACACCCGAAGUCACCGAGCCAUGAGAGGAGAAACGACGAGGAAGAAGGAGCCGCGAACGGGAUGGAAGGAGGACCACCGAGGAACAGGAAGAAGGGGUUCAGACCCCCCGAUGUGAGGACCAUUUUCUCCCCCGAAGAGAGGGACCCAAGGGUGAAGGAGGAGUCCGGGGAGGGGCACACCUUCGAGCCAGGAGGCGAGAACACCUGGUGUGAUGUGUGCUGCAAUUACAUCUUCCAGCAUGGUCUCACCUGUGCAGGUUGUAAGUACACGUGUCACGCUGCGUGUCGGGACCGGGUGUCUCUGGACUGUCACCCUGCAGCGUCCCCCGUCAGUCAGGACCAGCUCAACAACAACACGCCCCCCCAUGAUGUGGAGAAGGAGAGAGAGCUGCGGACGGAGUUCAGCAGGGAAGAGAUCAGGCAGAGGAUCGAGCUGUACAACUCGGUGACCAAGGACCACCUGAAAAUGACCCUAAAUCCCUCUGGUGUAUACACCGGUUUCAUCAAGGUCCAGAUGGAUUUGAGGAGGCCUGUGACGGUGCGAGGAGGUCAGAGAGGAGAGGAGGCGUUCUAUCUGCCCAGAGGAGUCAGCAACACGCUCCACAUCAGCUCCAGUAACACAGUCAAACAGGUCAUCGUCGCCCUGCUGAGGAAGUUCACAGUCGCAGACAACCCGGCUAAAUAUGCCCUCUACAAACGCUACCGCAGGGAGGAGCAGGUUUAUGUGUGCAAGCUGGCGGAUGGCGAGCAGCCGCUGUUCCUUCGCCUCGUGGCGGGACCCGACACCGACACUCUGAGCUUCGUGCUGAGAGAACAACAGACUGGAGAAGUCAUGUGGGACGCGUUCUCCAUCCCCGAGCUGCGUAACUUCCUGAGGAUCCUCGACAAAGAGGAAGACGAGCAGAGGGAGGCGGUGAUUCGGCGCUACGAGGGCUACCGCCAGAGACUGCAGGAGGCGCUGAGGGAGGUCAGAGGGCCUUCUUAGAGCGAUAAAACCUCCUUAAAAACAGGACUACUGCCCCCCUAGUGGCACGGAGGAGGCAUUCUUCUUUUCUUUUUUUUACCCUCAGAGGAGAAAUAAUGUGCAAAAUUCUGAUCGAGAUGGAGGAAUGAGAAACGGGGAUUCAGCGCCUGGAAGAAGGGAUGAAACGGACAGAAGGAGGGAUGAUUUAAAGAUGACAGGAAGACCGAGGAAGAGACGGCAAACUAAGGACAAGUGAAGGAAGAGAUGAAAGGACAGAAUUGAAACGGACGAUGCAGCCUGGAUCAAAGACUUCAAACCUGCAGUCUGCCUUCUCACACCAAAGAUUUACCUAUAGUGCCAUAAUCAUUCACCCUCUCUCUCCAUCCCUCUUCUUCUUCUUCUUCUUCUCUCACUCUGUCCUGCUGUCACAAAACUGAUGCAGAUUCCUCUUUCAUCCUUUCAAACUUUGUGAACGACUCAUGGCCAUAUGUCCAGUUUUAUUUAAUGUUUGUUUUAAAAAGUCUGUACAUAUUAUUUUUUUUAAUUUAUUUUUUUUCCUUUAAACAAAACGAGUCUUAUUUGAGUUGAUUCUGCAGAAGUGGAGCUGCAGUCUAGUUGUUGACACAGACACUUGAGAAUAGUUGAUCCAGACGGCUUCUAGAUGUAGAAAGACGGAGAGACGUGAGCGCAUGAAACCGUCUCUCGGGGCUGCAGCUACACGAUGGUCACCCCACAACAUUUAGAGAAGUGAAGACAUGUUAUUCAUCGUCGCAUUUUUGCUUUUGUUAGCCGCAAAGUCGAGAGAUAUUUACUAAGUUGUGAGGACGAAAACAAGCAGACUGCAGGAAUGUGCUGAAGUGAAACUGAAGGUUGUAAGAGACGAUGCAGAGAACUUAAAGGAGGUGAACUUGAAGUUGAACGAGACAGAAAAACAAAAACUCUUCAUGAGAGAUAAUCACAGAGCGGAGCGUCCUGCUGCAAGAUCUGAAGGAACAGAGUGAGAUAGAAGUUUGUUUUAGAAGGAAGUCAUUUUAGUUUUAGGGUGAGUAUAGACGACGGAGGAUGAUAACGAUGAACUGGUCGGAUUUGAACUUUUUUGUGUGCAGUUUUGUUCCACCAGCAGAGUUUGACGAAGUAUGAAGUGGUGUAGAUUAGACGGGAGGAGGUCAGAGGAGGGCGAAGUGGAAGUUUGACUGGUUUCUGUAAGUUGACUGAGCAGUUUUGAGGAAGUAGACGAGAAACUUUAGACGCAGGGAGGAAGAUAAAAAACAGAGAGGAUGAAGUUUUUGUUCUGUAAAAUAGUCUGAGGUGAGGAGGACGCGGGAGAGAAAGUGGUGAAGCAGUGUGAUCAUAACCUUGACGACGACGACGGGGUUUUUCCUCGAACACCAAGUCGUCAUGAUUAACUGCAUGUCGGCUGGUUGCAUUAAUAAAAGCUCCUGUUAUUCACAGCUGAGAGAAAAAGGAGGUCUGUGAGUGCUGAUAGCUGCAGAGAGCAGAGGGAGGGAAAAAUGGGCCGCAUUGUAUCGGCCUCCUGUCCGUCUGUCUGCAGGCAUUCAUUUAAAACGCAGCUGCUUUUGUGCUCUAAUCUCAAGUUGAAACGUGCAGCCUUGACCUCCCAAUCAACCUGGUUUAUUUUGUUUCUGGUGGAUUAAGGAGAAGAAUGCCACAGAUCGAAAAAAGGACUAAGUGGUAGCGCAGAGAAAGGUCUGGAAAAGUCAAAAAUGCAAACAGAAAAAAUGAGCACAAGUGAGUUUAAAAGAAGGUUACAGACCUUUUUAGAUGGUGUUGCAAUUAAAUAGCUGCCUUAAAUAUACAUAUGCAAUGUUAUCUUUACUGUACAGAAUGAAUCAUAUAGGGGUUAGAGACCAAAAGAAGUCGUUCUCCGCACAGUUCUGUGGAAAAAUCUUUGCUUUUUAGAUCGGUAAUUAUUUAGAAAUUAAAGAAAAUCAGACAAACAAGUAGACGUGAUUCACAAAGACAAUCAUUCAGACAAUUCAAAUGUCUUAAAUCUUCAGAAAGCCAUUAAAAAAAGAGCUGUAAAAUGCUUCAUAGUUUGACCUGCAGGUACUGUGUGAAAUCAUAAAGGAUGUUGUACAACGCCGCCAUCUAGUGGAUAAAUACUGCAAGUGUUCUCUCUUCUGUGUCAAAGAUUUAUUUUUCCUGUUAUAACCAAAGAUACUUUUGUGGUGUUGCCUGGAGCAAAAUAUAUUAGAGGCCUCUUCCCACCGGAGGGAAAAUCAUAUAUAUAGAUUUAGAGUUUUAUUUAAAGGGGGGUUUUAACCCUUCGUUUAUUUUACUAUCAAACACUGGGUUCAACUACGGAAGAAAAAAAGGGCCAAAAGGGUUUCUGUUCUUUCAAGCAGAUGGAUACAGAAGUGUGAUUUGUUAAGGGGAGUGUGUGAAGUUCAGUUAAUCAUGAUGAUGUCAUUUAGAAGGCAGGGAAAUUAAAAACAUCACAGAGUUGCAUUAUGGGAAAUGUAGGAUCCAGCAUCUUGUGCGUGUGAUUUAACAAAUAUAUAUUUUUAUAAACGUUCAUUUUUCAGUCUUUCUCAAACCUUUCUGGAAGUGAAAUUUAAGUUGUCAUUUAAAAAUCCAUCAUGCUACAUUUUUGUAGUUCUAAUUUCCUUUUUGACGUUCCCAUGAAAAUAGAAAGAAAUAGUGUCUACUUUUUUUUUUGUGGAUGGAGGCAAAUAUUUUGAGAAAUCCUGUUUAUUAGACGUUAUAUUUUAAACUUAAACUUUAAGGCAGGCUGGACUUUGCAGAACCUGAAACAUAGAACUGGAUAUUUCAAACAUGUAGAGUCAUUAAAAACACUUACAUCACGUGUUCAGAUGCUUUUAGAGCGAAACCUUUUGGCCCUCUUUUUGCUUCCUCAUAGUGUAUUUUUAAAUGAUGCGAAAGUCUGCAUGGAAACAGUUGAUUCAUCUUAAAACCUUGUUGUUGUUGUUGUUUGUUUGUUUGAUAAACAAUGUUAGCUGUUCAAACAUCAUACCAGACAAUUUAUCGUUACGUUUUUAUUUUUUUAUUUUAUUUUGGGCACUUUAACUUUGAAUUCAGGGAAGACGGGUUUUUGAUUUUUCUUAAUUUCUCCUGUUUUAUCUUCAGACUAUCGCCAUCACACUCUGAACAUUAUCUUAAUAAUCUUAUUUUAAAGAUUUUGCUUCACUCGUGAUUUUUAUGGUUUUUUUUGGAAGUACAGUUGUUUUUGUUUUUUAAGCUGAUUUUUGUAUUUUUUGGUCUCACCGAGCUUCCGUACAUUUUUUGGCUCAGCGUUAGCUUUUUAGACUGUGAAACAUUUGGUUGAAUCUGGCAUGUGUUCCUGUUUGUCUCUCUGUAAACAUUACAUGCUUACUGUACACACUACUGGGCUGUUUGACAUUAAAAAACAUGAGUUCUUGUUCUCAA